AUGUCCUUCCUCUCCGGCCCCGAGUGCUCCACCGGCUCCAACCCCCUCUCCCAAUUCCAAAAACAAACCUCCGCCGACACAUCCCUGCAACGCGACCGCCUCACCUCACGAGGUCCGCAACAGCUCAACGGCUUCCGCUCCCAACAGGGAGUCCCCGAUGAUGCCGCCUUUCAAGACUUCGCCCACGCCGGGCCUCAGAUGCCGACCGAGGCCCUGCCCCACUUCGAGCAGAUGCGGCGGGAGCAGGAGUUCGCGAACCGCAGCGGAGGCGCCACGCCCAACUGGGCCGGCGAGUUCGCUCAGCAGCCUCCUCCAGCAGGGUUUGCGCCGGAGGAGUUUGCGGCGCAACAGCAACAACAGCGGGCGGGUGGGUUUAGUCCACAGGACUUUGCGAAUUUCAGAGCACAGCAGGGGCAGGCGAGGACAGCGACCCCGCCGUUCCAACAGCAGCAGCCCAGUAGCAUGUAUCAGAGGCCAAUGUACGGGGGUGGAGGCUUCGGGAUGCAGCGGCCUAUGAUGUAUGGGCAAGGCAUGGGAAUGGGCCAGCAGCCACAGGAGAGUUACACGGGGAAGGGGAAGGGUAGGGUACAGGAGCUGAGCGAUACAGACUGGGAAAAGCAGUUUGAGGAAUUGAGUACGCAGGACAAGGAGCAGGAUCUGGACAAGGAGGCGGAAGAGGCGAUGGAGAGGGAGUUGAAUCAGAUGGACAGUGGUUUCGGCAACUUCGAGGAUAUAUGGAACGGUAUUCGGCAAGAGACUAACGCAAGCAGGGAUAUGCUCGCGGAGGACGAGCUUGCCAAUCAUUUCGGAGACGACAUCUACGACCAAUGGAAAGACUUUGAGGGUCAGUUUGGCGAAACCAGGGCCAAUGAUUACGGCAGAGGGCCGGCAGACGGGAACUACAUGUUCGAGGAGAACAACGUGUUCAAAGACGUGCCAAAUGCUUUCGAGGAAGGACAAAAGAUACUACGAGAGGGUGGCAAUCUCAGCCUGGCAGCGUUGGCCUUUGAAUCUGCAGUACAGAGGGAGCCAGAGUUUGUGGAUGCUUGGGUAGCGUUGGGCCAGGCGCAGGCACAGAACGAGAAGGAGGCGCCAGCAAUACGUGCGCUGGAGCAGGCACUCAAACUGGACCCGGACAACCUUGAUUCCUUGAUGGGUCUGUCGGUUUCUUACACAAACGAAGGUUAUGAUUCUUUGGCCUACCGCACCCUGGAGCGGUGGGUUGGCGUCAGAUACCCAUCCCUUGGUGUGAAGCCGCGAGGCCUGGGCGAGGAUGAAGAAAUGGGCUUCACCGACCGACACAUCCUGCACGAAAAAGUGACGAACCUGUUCCUCGAAGCCGCGCAGAUGAACCCAGACGGCGAGAACGUGGAUGUCGACGUCCAAGUCGGCCUCGGCGUCCUCUUCUACGGCAGCGAAGACUACGACAAAGCCGUCGACUGCUUCACCGCCGCUCUCAACAGCGCGCAGCACGGCGUCAUGAAGCGCGAAGGCGAAGAGCACCUCCUCUGGAACCGCCUCGGCGCCACCCUAGCCAACUCCGGCCGCAGCGAGGAAGCCAUCGAAGCCUACUCCCGCGCUCUCGAACUAAAGUCCAACUUCGUCCGCGCCCGCUACAACCUAGGCGUCAGCUGCAUCAACCUCGGGGUCCAAGAGGAAGCCGCCGUUCAUCUCCUCGGCGCACUCUCGAUGCACCGCGUAAUGGAAGUCGAGGGCGUGCAGCGGGCGAAGGAGUUCAUGAAGGACUCGCAGGGCAACGACAUUCCCGACGACGUUGUGCAGGGAAUGUUGCAGCAGAACCAGAGCACGAAUCUGUACGAUACGUUGAGGAGGGUAUUUACACAGAUGAAUCGGAGGGAUCUUGCGGAGAUGGUGGGGACGGAUAUGAAUCUGGAUGCUUUUAGGUCGGAGUUUGAGUUCUGA